GCUUCCUACCUUCUUCUCGCCCAGAUCCGGAAGUUUUGUGGGUAGAGGACUAGGGACUGUGCACCAGAUCGGUGGUCUGGCCGUGGCAGUUGGGCGAUUACGACGGAGAGGGAUGGGCCUCCUCGACAAGCUGUGGGACGACACCGUCGCGGGCCCGCGCCCGGACACCGGCCUCGGCCGCCUCCGCAAGCAGCCCGCGCGCCCCGCCGCCGUCAAGAUCAAUGAUCCAGCCGGGGACGCUUCGGCGUUCGUGCCGCCCUCGCCGGCUUCGGGCAGCAGCGAGGAGACGCCGGUGAAGGUGACGCGCAGCAUCAUGAUCAAGCGCCCCGCGGGGUACCCGUCGUCGCCGAGGAGCGCGGCAAGCACGCCGCCGGCCUCGCCACUAGGGACUACCCCGCCCAUCUCGCCGUUUGCCGCCGCCGGUGGUCGCUUCAGAAGGAAAUCAUCAUCCGAUGCAUAUGAGAGGGCAACCCCACCAGGGACUACCAGCCAACCUCCUCCCUUCGAAGUGUGAACUGACUGCACCCUCGCACUUGUUUUGCUCCUUGAUGACAAUUAAUCAUCUACUUCACCUAAGGUAGACAGGGAGGAGAGAAGAUAUCAAGACGGGAAAAGGGAUGAGUUGCGGGUUUACCUCUACUGUGAUAUAUUGUAGAUGCCGCUAUGUGUAUUGUUUUCUAUCUACUAUGUGGCAUAUGUUGUAUAAUAAUAAUGUUGAAAGCUCAUGGUGCCGUGCUGUGUCAAUAAGGUGCUAUGUGCGUAGAGUGGCUCAUGGUCAGGGCUGUGUGUGGGCUUUGCCGCAGCUUUCUGUGCUGCUCGCUGUGUCGUGUGUGUUUCCUCUGCUGCUAUGUCAUAACGGAUGGUGUGUGGAGGAUGGGGUCAUGCAUGUAAUGUUAGCUGGGUUUGAGGUGGACUACAUGUAGUUUUGUUCAAUGUCUGGUAUGUAGUAGCUGAAGAUGUUUGCUUGAACUCUCUGAACUGUGCGGGAUAAUGCUAAGAUGCGGGUUGUCUUGUCGAU